UGCUGGGGUACUGCAGCACACCACGAGCAGGCUUUAUGGGCGUCUGUCUUGCAACGAAAGAGUCCAAAAUCCUAUUAUGGGUUCACAUGUUACAUAAUACCCGGAUGAUAUACACAUCCGUGUUUCCCAGGAGCUGGAUCUUUGCGAAUAGACAACCAUGGAUUGUAUGACAGAUCGGGAUGUGCAAAAGUACAUGGAGGAUGGAUAUGUGGUUCUGGACGGGCUGCUGACCUCCCAGGAGUGCGAUGAGCUGAGGCAAAGGAUGGCAGAGAUAGUGGACCGGAUGGACGUCCCGGAGCACUGCCGCAUCACCUUCUCCACCUAUCACGAUGAGCAGCUCAAAAAACAGAUGCAGGGAAAUGCUGACUAUUUCAUCACAAGUGGAGAUAAGAUCCGCUUUUUCUUUGAGAAAGGAGCUUUUGACGAAAAAGGGGAGUUCAUGGUACCAAAACGGCGCUCACUAAAUAAAGUCGGACAUGCACUACAUGCCUAUGAGCCGUUGUACAAAAAGGUUACACAUUCACCCAAAAUACAGGGCAUAGCGAAGAAGCUGGGUCUUGUAAGUCCUGUGAUACUGCAAAGCAUGUUCAUUUUUAAGCAACCAGGGAUUGGCGGAGAAGUGAUGCCACAUCAAGAUGCCACAUUUUUGUACACGGAGCCCCUGGGCAGAGUCAUGGGGCUGUGGAUCGCCCUGGAAGAUGCCACUGUUAACAACGGCUGCCUGUGGUUUAUCCCGGGGUCACACAACAGUGGUAUUUCUCGGCGUAUGGUGCGUACCCCAAAGGGCACCUUUCCCCUGACAGACUUCACCGGCCGAGAGCAGACCUACGAUGACGAGAAGUUUGUCGCUGCACCUGUUAAAAAAGGUGGUGUAGUCCUGAUCCACGGGGAGGUAGUGCAUCGCAGUGCUGAAAACACCUCAGAGGACUCUCGCCACGUCUACACCUUCCAUCUCAUGGAAAGCCAGGACACCUGCUGGAGCCCUGACAACUGGUUGCAACCCACUGAAGAGCUCCCUUUCCCAUCUCUCUACACUAAAUGAAGGAUGUUUUUUGGCAUUUGGUCGCUGCAGUUCAUGGAAAGACACGAGAUGACCAACAUGUAUGAACUGUUUUAACCAUGCUUUUAACCAACCAAUGUGCUACCAUUUCUCAUGGCUGGUUUUGUAACCUAUAUGACACUGUUUCUAUGAGCUACAGUACAUGUAGUCUGGUAUGUAGCUUGAUCAACAGCAAAGUCAAGGUGACUAACCCAUAUUUUUGAUGUAUGUACCAAUGUUUUUAAAUGAGUUUUAAUACAAUUAAAUUGAGUAAACA